UCAGUGAGAGUUACGUACUUAAGAUCUUAUAGCUUUAUCUUUCUUUACUUGUAACAUCUUUCCAUUGCCCACUAUAGGAAGAGAAGGAUGGUUUCAUUCAAGUCCUUAGCUCUUCCCUGUCUGCUUAUAGUUGGCAUGUCAGUUAUUCAUGUAUCCGAAUGCCGAGUUGCUAGGAAGGAUCUGGGUUUGGAUCUCGGUGGUGUUGGAGUCGGUAUCGGAACCGGAAUAGGCCUCGGCUUGGGAGGAGGCUCCGGUUCCGGAUCCGGAGCGGGGGCCGGGUCGGGUUCUGGCUCGGGGUCAAGCUCAUAUUCAUCAUCGGGUUCCAGUUCAAGUUCAAAUGGCGGGUCGGAUGCAAGCUCCGAAGCAGGCUCGUAUGCCGGAUCAGGUGGCUCUGAGGCGGGCUCAAGUGCCGGGUCUCAUGCCGGGUCCAGGGCUGGCCCGGGGUCGGGCAGGAGCGAAGGACAUGGCUCGGCACAAGGGCGUGGCCGUGGUUCGGGACGUGGCGGCUCUGGGGAGGGUUCCGGUCAAGGAGGUGGCUCCGGAACGGGUGACGCGUACGGCGAGGGUGGCGGCUACGGCGAGGGAUAUGGCGGAGGCGGCAACAAUUGAGCAAACGCCAAAAAAUGAUCAUGAAAAAAAUGUCACAUGAGUGUCGUGAUUCAUCACCAUUAUGUGUUGAUAAAUAAAAUAGGGGGUGAAGAACUUUUGAGUCCUCUCUAUCGAGAUUUGAUCCUUAUUUCAGAUGGAUUUUUAUUGUAUUAUGGUUGUAAUAUUUAUCUAGUUCAAGGGUCUGAAACUUAUAUAUUGAGUUUCCUUAGUAUCCAAAUUGUAUUUGCCACUAAUUAUCUGAUCUAAUGAAUUAUAUCACAAAAUGUUUAUGUUUCAUAUAUGAUG